AUGGAAGUUAAAGAUCUUUCUGGGAAUGAUAAAGAUGUUCUUACACCAUCAAGUUUUCACAGCACAAAGUUUACGGAUAGUCCUCUAAGUGAAAGAUCUGAAUACAUUUCGUUUUAUAAGCCAUUCGAUAUGAACAUCCUGAACACCAGCCAUGCAUGCACAAUGGAAAUAGAACCACUAAUAAUGAGCUUAAAGUCUUAUCGGGAGUUAAAAACUAAACAGUUGCUCUCUGCAUUCAAAAAAACAUACAAAGAAGAGUGCGAAUAUGCAAAAUCUGAACUUGCAUCUUUGUGUAAGGUGCAAGAAUCUCGGAGGAAAAAGUAUGACGAUGAGUACAAGAAGCUAAUAAAAGAGGUGAUAAAGGAUAUUAAUGCCAAAAAUGAGGAGCUCCUAUCUCAGAUAAAUGGAAUGAUAAGCGAAUUUGAGAUAUUAAAACAAGAUAUCCCGCAAGUUAGGCCAAAAGCAGAGGAUGAUAUGGAAUCUGAUAACAAUCUGAUUUCGAAUAGUAACGAGCUCAUCCGGACAACGGAGGCAACUUUGAAAGAGAUGGAUGAUGUGAUUAAAAAAAUAAGGAACCACUAUAUCAAAAAGAACGACGACUGCGCCAAGGCUCUCAAGUCAAUCUACAUAUCAUAG